AUGCAUCAAUCAGAGGGCGCCAAGGUCAAGCAAAUUAAGGUCUCUAUCGUUCUGGACGCGUUGAAUGAAUCGAAAACAAGGGAUGAUGUUCUCCUGUGGAUCAAGGACGUGGUAUCCAGGCCAGAGUUGGGCCAUGUCCAGCUACUUUAUACCAGUCGAGUUGAAUCCAAGUUCCUGCGCAAUAUUCCCCCUUUGAUAGGAAAACAAAACUGCCUAUCGCUUGAUAAGCAGGCUGUCGACGCCGAUAUUCGAUCGUGGGUCACAGCACAACUUUCUCAACGGCGUGAUUUUAAAGAGAAGCUAUUAUCCCAGGAUUUGCUCGAGGCGAUCCGGACGAAGGUUGGCGACGGGGCCAACGGGAUGUUUAGGUGGGCGUCCUGUCAACUGGAAAGCCUGGCUCGAUGUCGCCACGAGGCAGCUAUGGAGGAGGCUCUCGCAUCUUUGCCACUGACUCUACAUGAGACAUACCGACGUGAGCUUGCAAGCAUACCGACUGAGCUAAAAGACGACGCAAUACGCCUCCUUCAAUUUCUAGUGCACUCCAAGCGACCUCUUAAGCUAGCCGAGGCUAAAGAAGUAAUAGCGACGAAGAUUGAGAACGAAUCACAAGGGUUUGACACCAAGCGUCGACUGUUCUGCGAGACUAAUAUUUUGGAUUACUGUCCCGGUUUGAUGACAAUUGUUCACGCCACCGAGAAAGAGCUACAUCUCGCCCACUUUUCCGUCAAAGAGUACCUCCUUAGCGAGAAUCUUUUCAGCAUUACGACUGCCAGCAUUUCCAUCACGAGGACGUACUUAACUUACCUUACGGAUAUCAACGGUAGCUACGGAGAUAUCAUAAGGGAUUUUCCGAUGGCAAGACGAGCGGCGGAAUGCUGGACAGGCUAUGCUGCGUUGUGUCAGGCUUCCGAAGAUAUAGUUCGAACGAUAGUCACGUUCCUCGAAAAGGAAGCGACGUUCCAACGAUGGACCCGCUUGUAUCAAGCUGAUAGGAGUUGGGCCGCUGACCCAGGCCCUCCGCGAGGUUCCAGGCUCUAUUAUGCUUGCUUCGCUGGUCUCGUAACACCUGCACGAGAUCUUAUAGAUAAGGGAGCAGACGUUAACGCACAGGGUGGCCGCUACGGCAACGCUCUCCAGGCCGCCUCAGAGGGAGGCCAUCAAGAGAUUGUCAAACUGCUCUUGGCCAAGGGAGCGGACUUUAAGGCAUAG